GGGGCAAUGUGAUUUUGGACGUGAUGCCAUUUCAGAAUUGGGGGACAAUGAUGUAAUUCAAAAUGUUUAUACAGCUAACAGUAUAAAGACUUAUUGAUAGCCUCAUCUAAAGCACUUAGCAAUGAAUUAAUAAGCCGUCAAAUUGUUUUAGCCUAUGUUUCAUCCAACAACUUGAUGCAACCAAACGACGCGCUAUAGUUCCCGUAUAUGUAGCUGUCAAAAUUACAAUUCACACAUGCGCUUAAGGUAUCGCCUGCGCUGUGGGAUGUUUUGAAGAGCACCGUAAAGGGCUGUUAAGACUGUAGUUUUUUGCUGAAUUAAUGGACGAAUGUGCUAUGACUUUAUUGUUGAGGGGACAAACAGGAGGUUCUAACAUCGACUUGAGAAUAGCCUAGUACCGGUCGACAGUUGUGGGUGUAGCCUAUCAUGCCCCAUCAGAGAAAAAGGCGAUCUCGGUACUGAACGAAAACGGGGACAUAUCGUAGGCACAAAAUCUUUGUGUCCGCGAAACAUUCAGAGGGUCAGUUAAAUCCUAAUGAAUUGCAAGUGGAUCUGUCAAAAAUGGCCGUUAAACAUCCUCUAGUACUUGCUUACAGCUGCUGCCGCACGACAAUGCGGUAAAAGGUGCAGAGGCUUUUAUAGCAUUGCGAUGUACUGCAACUGAGCCUAGUUGUAAUUCAUAGCUAAAUGUGCCUUCUGACGAGGUUGUUAAUUCACGGGAAUGAAUUGGCGAAUUUGGGCAUCACCAAGGUUACUGACAAUGUAACAGAUACGGGGAUUAAUAUUACAAACGGGGGAGCUCAUUUUCACCGGUACAGAGAUUUUCAGGAGCCUAAUGCUGAUAGGAUUAAACCCUGCUAGUGUCAGAUGUGGAGGCAGUGCAGUGUAACAUUAUGUUUAGUCAGUCUCUUUCUGUGCGUUUUCAUUCUAUUCGAAGUUAAAAGGACUGUAAUGGUCAGCCAUCGGUAGGUCAGUGGAGGAACUGUUCAGCAAACCGACUUUACUAUUCUCAAACUUGAAUGGACUCGAUGUAAUUUCCUCAUUUUAUAACUCGCAGUCUGACGGCGCCUGAAAAUCCCAGGCAUAGCAUCUAAUAUUGUAAACCAGUAAGGACACAGUGAAGAUUUUUGGAAAGUCAAUUCACAUGGGCGAACCGAGGGUUCGGUUCUGGAUUGAUUGGCCUCGGGCUCGCUGUCAAGACAACAGCGUUACUGAUCCAGAGAGAGAGAAACGAUGGGCCGAAUUGUUUGACCAGUUGGACCUAAAUAAAGACGGCCGGAUAGACGCGAAUGAACUGCGCACUGGACUAGCCGCUUGGGGUGUUCCCGGUGACGUGGAGGAGAUUGUGCGCGUCAGCGACAUUAAUCACGAUGGCCAGUUGGACUUUGAGGAGUUCACUCAGUACAUGCACGCGCAUGAAAAAGAGCUGCGGCUCAUGUUCCGCAGCCUGGACAGCAACAACGAUGGUCGCAUAGAUGUGGGGGAAAUCCAGAUAUCCCUUCGCAACCUGGGGGUGGCUGUGUCCAUCGAACAGGCCUCCAGAAUACUCCAGAGUAUAGACAAGGAUGGCACCAUGACCAUUGACUGGAAGGAGUGGCGAGAUCACUUCCUGUUCAACCCCCUUCACAACAUGGAGGAAAUCGCUCAUCACUGGAAGCAUUCUCUGAUGCUUGACAUUGGUGAGCAGCUGACGGUCCCUGACGAGUUCUCAGAGCGGGAGCGGAGGUCAGGGGUGGUGUGGAGGCAGCUGAUGGCCGGGGCCAUGGCAGGAGCCGUCUCCCGUACUGGCACAGCCCCACUGGACCGCCUCAAAGUGUUCCAGCAGGUGCAUGGCUCAGGUGGGGUGAGCCUGUGGACAGGCCUGCGGGGGAUGGUCAAAGAGGGAGGCAUCCGGUCCCUGUGGAGGGGCAAUGGCAUUAACGUGCUCAAAAUAGCCCCAGAAUCAGCUAUCAAGUUUACGGCCUACGAACAGAUCAAAUGGCUGAUGAGAGGCUGUAAAGAGGGAGGCUCGCUGAGGGUGCAGGAGAGGUUCGUAGCAGGUUCUCUGGCAGGGGCUACUGCCCAGACUAUCAUCUACCCUAUGGAGGUGCUGAAGACUCGCCUGACUCUGAGGAAGACAGGCCAGUACUCUGGCAUGAUGGACUGUGCCAAGCAGAUCCUUCAGAAGGAGGGCGUGCGCGCCUUCUACCGGGGCUACAUGCCCAAUACUCUGGGCAUCAUUCCAUACGCUGGCAUUGAUCUGGCUGUCUAUGAGACCCUGAAAAAUGCCUGGCUGCAACGGUACUGUAUGGGCUCGGCUGACCCAGGGGUGCUGGUGCUGCUGGGAUGUGGCACGGUGUCCAGCACCUGUGGCCAGCUCGCCAGCUACCCGCUGGCUCUGAUCCGCACUCGGAUGCAGGCUCAAGCCUCCAUAGGGGGUGGUGGGCCCCAGCUGUCGAUGGUGGGCCAGUUCAAGCACAUCGUGUCCCACGAGGGCGUCCAGGGACUCUACCGUGGCAUCGCCCCCAACUUUCUCAAGGUCAUUCCUGCCGUCAGCAUCUCCUACGUGGUGUACGAACACAUGAAGAAAGUCCUCGGAGUCGGGUCACGAAUAUGACAACAUUCAGAUGAUGAAGAGAAACGAGAGCAGAAGAUGGCAGAUGGGGUGGUUGAAGCAUAUGGAGGGAUGCAGCAGGGAACGGUCCAAAACCCCUCUCUCCUAGUGUACAAAAGUGUCCCCUGUUUAGACCAUCUAACGUUCAUUAGCCUCUCAACCAUCAAAACUAGCUGGACCAGAAGCAAUAUCUGACAGCAGAGGAAUUUCAGCACCAGGAAAGUGUUGGUCUGGCAAUGGAGAAUCAUCCUGUUUAUCCACGCCAUGCCACAUAUAAUAAUAGCUGCUCCAUCUAGUGACGGGUAUAGACAUCACAUUUUGUAGUUAGAAAAAUGAUUAACAAAUGGAAUGGAACACAGACAGGUGGAUAGCCUGAGUGAUGUAUUUUUACAAGAAUUUUAAUGCAGACCUAUUUUCUCCAUUCCAGUCCAUUUUUCAAAAUCUAUUUUUGUAAUGGCAAAAGGUGGCUUUUAGAGAUAUGAUCAAGGCUUUCUUCACUGAGCAAGGUCAUGAGUGGAUUUGCACUCUUCUUGCACUUUUCUAAGAGUGAAUGUGUUCUCUUUCCCAAAGUGGUACUUAACCGUGCAGAUGCACACACCUUUGUUUUUCCCCUAAACAUUUACCAGUGGCACCAGUCAGUCCAGUAGGCGUAGUUGACUCAAACAGUUCUUAUGUUCUUCUGCAGUAAUGCUUCUCUGUAGACACUGCCGAAGCAUUAUGAGCUUUAAAAAAACACUGUCAUUGCCUUGAGCAGCUAGUUAGUGGGAAGUUGCACUUGACAGAGAAAGUGAGUUUACAAAUUGUUACGCUGAAUGGUUUAUCAGCAUUGUGGAACAUGUGUGAUUAGGGUUUAAAAGAGUAGUGAUCCUUUAAUCACCCCAUGGUGGUAAUGCAUCCAGUGUUAAGCCAGUUAGUGGGACUGGUUUGUCUGCAUGAAACUUAAGAAGCAGGGCUUAAAUGUAUAAUUUCCCUCAAAGAUCAGAAAGAUAUUAAUCCCGGUGUUCUUUAAAAACAUAUAUGAUACCCAUAUGUAUUUUCUUAAUUAUUGAUUGCAUUCGUUGCAUUCUGUAUUUAAAUACCUUUAAAUCCAGGAAGGCAGCUUGUUAAGAGCAUACAAAACAUGAACAAGGAAUGUAACGUUUUUCUUUUCAAGGUCUUUGUGGGCUUAAGUUCCAGUUGCACAGAAAUGUGAAAGCUUUUAUUCCAGUUGACGUCGAAAGUGUUUACACCAAAAACACUGAAGCCACUGUACAUUGCACUCGCUAACUGGACACUGCGGUGGCACUCCGUGCAGGUCUGGAAACAGAAUGACUUGGGCUUCAACAAAAAUAGCAGCACGAUUUAUUCUUGCUUGACAUGGUGACAUGGCCAGGGUGGAGGCAUAAAAUCUGAUCUAGUGAAAGUGUUACAACUAAUGAGAGCACUGAGAGAUAACCAUAUUUGUAUGGGUCCAGGUUAAUGAGUUUUAUGUUUUGUGGGAUAAUCUCAAUGGCUUUAGUCAUAAAAGGCUCUCAUUGCCGUAACCAUGUCUUCAUAUAAUGCUAUUUACUUUUCUACUGUUUAUACUAGGUUUCCAUGGGGAGGGGGGAAGAAAAAUAGAAAGACUAAUCAUGCUGAGAAGUGCUGUUAAUUUGCUGUUGCCUGUAUUUGUAUUAUUUUGUGUGCUACCUAAAAGUAACCUAACUGCAUCUGAACAGAACAUAAUGCUCCUAGAGUGUACACAUCCUUGAUCAUAGAUUUAAGAUACUUACUGAAUAUAUAGGUUUAUGUGGUUAACUAUAUCAUAUCCAAGUAGAGUAUAAUGCCAAUGCCUGCAUUUUGACAUGCAUGCUAUAGCCUAUAAAGCCCUUUAACUUUAUACGUCUGUUAUGUAUCAGUGGCAAGUAGCUGCCUAAUGGUUUGGUUCAGUUUUGCCCCAAACACUUGUCUUAUUGUUUAGCUUGACUGCACUGUGUUUGGGAUAGGGUGCCUUGACUCUUGGUAGGGAACACAGAUGUAGGAGUAUGCUGACGCUAUGCUGAUGCUUAUUGAAGGAGCCAUAUGAUCUGCUCUGAACAGCAGGUCCUACUGUAUUUCUGCCCUACAGGGAUUACGUCCACAUCAGGAUGUACAUCUUCAUGUUUAUCUGAGAUGCUACAUGUCCUGUAGAUUUUGUAUCUUGUCAUAUAGGGGUGGCACUGUGUGAAAAGCUCCUAUCUUCAGUUAGAGCUUAUGUGCUCUAAACAGAUGUACAGUGUAUGUGUGCAAUAUGAGAGGAAUUGGGAUUUGUGUACAACAUGCACUCAAAGACUGCAUAUUACAAAGUUCUACAAUAACACUGAUGUGGGACUAUGGGGGACCCUUGAAGGGCUUUCUUUGCUCUGCCUAGUUCUUGCACUGACAACAUAGAUAUGCUGAGUACUAUUUUUAAGAGACUGUGGCUUCUGUUAAUAACAGAACCUUCCCUCACCCAUCCUUUAGCCUACUACUUGGUAAUUGUGUUACAUAGUAAUUUUAGAUAGACUAUGUGUCUAAACUUAACUGUAAUGCUUGACUGUAAUGCUUGACUUGUAUGCCUUCUACAAGUGGCUUGCCUUACUGCACAGGACAACUUUCCAUAUUGACGAGUUCAUAUUGACAGAAGAUUUCAAUGUCAAUAAUUCAUUAUUAGUUGGUAAUGCUGAUAUAUUGCUGGGAUUAUGAUAAAGGUGUUGAAUUCAGGAUGUAAAUGCAGUUAAGGAUACGGAUUUCAUAUUCAAAAUAGUCUCUUCUUGUUCAGAUUCAAAAUGUUUAUGUUUCAAUAUGAUUUGCAUAUUUGAUUGAUCUCCAUGUUUGACUGCAACAAUAUUUACCAAUAUAGGUUUUGUGUAGAAGAACGAAACUACAUCUUGUAUGCCUACUGCUGAAAUUACAAUUAUUUUGUAAUGCAAAGGCAUUCAUUAGCCUACCUUUAACUUUAAUUUUCCAAGCAAUAUUCCACAGGCAUUUGUACUUUGAAAUUACAGCCUACUAUAUGGAUUCUAACAAUGUGAAUAUUUUUGGCAAAAGGACAAAAGAUAUGUAUAAAGUCCCCCCUAAACUGCAAUGAAAUAAAGACUGAUUUGCCUCA